AUGGGAGAUGACUUUCAGUAUCAAUAUGCAAAUUCUUGGCCAGGUCUCAAGGGAUAUGUUCGCUACUUAAGUGGUUAUUAUCUAGCAGCACGACAGCUUGAAUUCUUAGUUGGCAGGAAAAGUGGGAGCUCAAAUACAGAUCUUUUAGGUGAUGCUUUGGGAAUCGCACAACAUCAUGAUGCAGUUAGUGGCACUGAAAAGCAACACACUGCAAACGAUUAUGCUAAACGUCUUGCAAUUGGAGCUUCUCAGAAACUUUUGGCUGCCCUUUUAGUAGAGGGGCUUUCUGGGUCUUCUCCUGCUCAAAUUCUUGGCGUUACCUCUGAUUUUGUACAUAGGUUGGGUCUUAAACAGAGCUUGAUACCUUCUCGCAACAAUGGGUUUUUGAAUAUGCUUAAAUUAAUGCAGAGGAAGACACUCCAGGUUUACUUGGAGGCUGAAAAGGCAGGGAGUUCAAAGGAUGUUAACUCCAAUGACCUGGAUGUCAAUGGAGUUAAUGUUGUUGAUGAGGUAAAAGAAGAGCCUCCUGUUGGAAUUGGGAAAAAAGAGAUUGAUUCCAUUGGGUCAGCUGUAACUUCUAGACUGGACAGAAUUAGGCAGAGAUUAGAAACAGAAUUGGAGCCCAUGGUAUUGGAGAUAGAGGAUGUUUCACAUCAACAUGUAGGUCAUGCAGCGAUGCAGGAUCAGGCCAAGGAGACUCAUUUCAAUGUCAAAAUUGUUUCGGCCAAAUUUGAAGGACUUAGUCUUGUGAAACGUCAUAGACUUGUAUAUGGACUCUUGAAUGCAGAGCUGCAAAGUGGGUUGCAUGCCCUGUCUAUUACAGUAAAAACACAGUGCAUUAUUCUCCUGGCAAAUUGA